GCCAAAUCAAAGCUAUCAAAUUGAAGCUGUCGCCACACUGCACAGUUUACCAGGCGGAACUCUUGGCCAUAUGCAGGGCCACCAGGGUCAUCAAGGACCGAAAGGAGGAGAGUUUCGGCAUAUACAGUGACUCCAGGUCAGCCCUGGAAACUAUCGCUAACAACUACGCACCCCACCCUCUAGCCGUUGAAACUCGAUGCAAUUUGAACCAGUGCAAAUUGCAGAACAAGCAGGUGAGCCUGUUCUGGAUCAAAGCGCACGCGGGUCUAGAGGGAAAUGAGCAGGCAGACGCGUUAGCUAAACAAGCAGCCAAAGACCUGAAGUGCAAACCCCACUAUGAUCAGUGUCCGGUUUCAUUCGUCAAGCGACAAAUCCGUAUGGACUCGCUUGAGGAAUGGAAUCGUAGAUACAAGUCAGGCACAACCGCUUCAGUAACGAAAAUGUUCUUCCCAGACGCAGUGGAAGCGUACAAACUGGUCAGGAAAAUUAAACCAGCCGGAAUCCUAACACAGGUAAUGACAGGGCAUGGUGGGUUCUCCGAAUACUUGAACAGAUUCAAGUGUAAGGAGAGUCCAUCAUGCAUCUGCGACCCGAACUGCGCUGAAACGGUGGAGCACGUCCUCCUUGAUUGUCCGGUCCACUACUCAUCCGAUAGCGACACUAACACCACGCUGCUCCGCGGAAAAAUUCGCUAA